AAACGACUCUGAAACAGCUAGCUGUGCGAGGAAUUAGGAAAUCACUGCGAUCAACAAUCAAGCAAGGUGAAUCAGAUCGGUGGUUUGUGCAGUGCAUAAGAGCCGCCGCUAUAGGAAUCGAAUGAGCGGUAGGGUAACAUAACACACGCCAGAGUUUCUCCGAUGGUUUGUGAUGGCGGACGGCGAGCCCGCGUGUCACCGUUUGGUGUUUCUCGGAGCCGAUCGCAGCCCGUCGCUCCUCACUGAUACGGUUAAACUCCCUGUGUUGAAACCAGGAGAAAUUUUAGCUAAAGUUCGUCUUGCAACAAUUUGCUCCUCCGAUCUUCACACCUUACACGGGAAAAGAAGGGGAGAUUAUCCUUGUGCUCUCGGCCAUGAAGGUGUGCUGGAAGUCCUUGCUCACAAUCGAGGCAGUCAGAGUAAGCUAGCUGUAGGGCAAAGAAUCACAUUCACGGUCGCUGAUGUCUGUCAUAACUGUAGCAGAUGUCGGGUUGGACUGCCCCAAAAGUGUGAUACUCUCUUCAAGUAUGGCCACAGCCAGAUCACCAGUCAGAGAAGCCUGAGCGGUUGCUAUGCAACCCACAUGGUCCUACAUCCAGGAACCUGCGUCUUUCCAAUCCCAGACCACAUCACGGAUAAGAUGGCUGCCCCAAUUAAUUGCUCCUUAGCAACCAUGGUGAACGCCGUCUCAUCUUUCUCCCACAAAGAUGCUGGCUCCAAGUCGGUUCUCUUGCAGGGAGCAGGUCUAUUAGGUGUGUAUGGAUGCUCCCUCCUUCACAGCCUUGGCUUUGGGAAGGUGUUUGUCAGUGAUGUUGAUGGGAAGAGACUGAGCACCAUACCCCUCUUUGGAGGAACUCCAAUCUUAGCAGGGGAUGAAUCGGCCUGCUUCAAUGAGAACGAACUGGAUAUUGUCAUAGAGGUAUGUGGAGUGAGCGGCAUCAUCAAGUCCGGUAUUCAGCUUCUCAAACCAGGUGGAAUCUAUGUCCUGGUUGGCCUUGUGCAUCCAGACUCUUACAUGAAUAUCACAGCGGAAGCCAUCAUCAGGAAGUGCCUCACUAUCAAAGGUAUUCACAACUAUGCCCCAGAGCACCUGGAGAGGGCGCUAUCCUUCAUGUCAAAGUUCAGCAGGAAGUACCCAUUCGAGGAGCUGGUUGGAAUCGUCUACCCAAUGUCCAAUUAUGAGACUGCCUUCCAGAAAGCGACGCUAGGGUCUUUCAGAAGAGUGGGUUUAGAUCCAAGCUUAUACUCAUAACUCUAUCAAUGUCAAUGUGAAUGAAAGCCAUGGCUGGGUCAUUCAGACGCGUGGGUUUAGACCUACUCAAAACUCUAUCAUUGUGAAUGAAAGCAAAGGCUGGGGCAUUCAGACGAGUUGGUUUGGAUCCGCGACUCAUAACUCUAUCAAUGUGAAUGAAAGCGAAGGCUGGGCCAUUCAGACGAGUUGGUUUAGAUCCAAGCAUAUAUUCAUAACUUUAUCAGUGUGUGAGAAAGGGUCAAGCCUUGCUGCUUUGCAAAAUGUGUGCCUAAAUACUGAAGCUAGUUUGUUAGUAGCAAUACUCAUAUUAGCUUAUUUUUGCAGCUGCGUUGCCUCAAUCAGGUAAGAGUCUAAUGAUCAAGUCUGUUAUACCAGAAGCAACUCAUAUUUAAUGAGUUAAUAUGACGUGUAUAUAUUAAAGAAUUCUAGUCAAUAUUGCCAAGUAGGAUAUAAUGUUGCAAUGUUGCCACAUUCUUAUAGCUUUGUAAUAGGAAUCAUUUCUGAGGCACAUCUAUAAUUGAUCCAUUUGAUGCAUCAGAAAUAUAGCCAGACCAUAAUUCAAAUACAUAAACAGACUUUUUUUUGUAUUUGAUCCAAACAUUUCAUUUUCUUUACAUUUUUUAAAAUUCACUUUGUUGAUUUGAAUACCGGUAUCCACUAAAAUCUUUUUGAUAUAUAUGCUAGAACCCAUUUUAUCCAUUCACAUACAUUUACUAAAUGAAGCAACAAACAUUUUGAUACAGUUUAAUUGAUUAUUCUAAGUACAAAUGUUAUUUCACACUCUUAUUGAGCAUAUGGUCGAUUUCACAUGCUAUCAGAAUGCAAUAUCAAAGUGUCCUUGCGAUUAAAUUUGUUAAUGCAACAGUUCACUUUUUGAAUAGUGAGUUGCGUCAUUUGGUCAACACUGAAGGGUAGAUGGGGUUUGAUAUGCCAUGCAGAAACAUUGACCUUUAGGUCUGUCUUAGUCUGUAUGCAGAUUGAAGUAAUGUAUGUAUAGUUUCAGAAGCAUGUUAUGUACAUAAAAGUGAUAAAGAUGUGUGUCUUUGAAGGUCACAUAAAAGCUACGACUAUCAAAGUGAAAGAAUGUCAAACACAGUGCCAAGAUACAUAUUGAUAUUAACAGCAAUAUCAUUUUGG